UUUCGAAGAACCGACGGCAUCAUUGUGAAUUUGCUCUGCUCAAACCAGCAUAGAUUUGCCAAGAUGGGUCGUCGAUCAAUAAAUACCACGAAAAGUGGGAAAUAUAUGAAUCCCACUGAUCAAGCGCGAAAGGAAGCAAGGAAGCGAGAACUGAAAAAGAACAAGAAGCAGCGCAUGAUGGUUCGCAGCGCCGUCCUGAAGACCAAAGAUCCCAGAGCCAUCUUCUUUGAUAUGGAAGCCCUGGACGAGCUGGAGCUCAACCCUGAAUCAGUGACCGAGCUAAAUGAGAAGGUCAUCAAGGACAAGAGGAAGAAACUCAAAGAGACCCUGGAAAGAGUUCUCAAACUCUAUAGAAAGGAAGAUCCGGACAUGUACGUUGAGUUCAAGGCCAUGGAGGUCGACUACGAAAAGAAGAGAGCCGAAAAGCUCAGGAAAUUUGAGGCCAUCCGAGAUGCAAGACAGGUGAACGUAGAAUCAAUCCCACUUCCAGACACUCCAGAUGUUCCAUCACUGAUCCCUUUGCCUCAAGAUAUUCCUCUGCCUGGAGCCCAGCCACCUUCUAUACUCAAAAGGACAUCCUCCUACGGAAUCCCCAUGCCUCCUCCCGGCCCCCCUCCUGGCCCCCCACCAAGCCUCUUCCCAGGGCUGCCACCUGGCAAGAAGCCACCGGGUGCCCCACCGGGUCUGCCACCCUACGCAACCACUCCUUACGCGCCGAGAUCACCCCCGAGGGUUUCCUUCGCAGGCGUGGGGCCGGAAGAGGACAACGAAGCUUACAACCCUGAAGAAGAUGUAUCGGACAUGGAGGAUGAGGAGAACAUGGACGAUGCCUCAUCGACAUCGUCGUCGUCAGGCAGCGAGGAUGGAGGAGACGAGGAUAACACCGACAGAGAGGACGAUGAAGACGAGAGAGAGAUGAACACUCAGGACUUGGAUAUCAGGCAAAGAGAAGGAGAAGGGGCAGGGCAUCCUAAGGGAGAAAAGAGGAGGAAAGAAGGCAGACUGCCACCUGGAAUGACUGCACUGCAAGCCGCAAUGCUGAGGAUGGCUGGCCAGGAGGUGCCUAUGGUGGAAGACGACGAAGAAGAUGACGAGGAAGAAGACGAGGUGGAGGCGGAAAAAGAGGCCGAAAAGGAGGAAGAUAAGCAACCCCAGAGGAGCAUGAUGGCCCCUGUGGGCGUGUUGCCACCACGCCCCCUUCAAGGGAUACCACAAGGUCCCCCAACUGUGAACCCCCCAAGUGCACCCCCAGGCCCCCCUCCGGGCCCUCCAGCUCGUCCCCCUCCAGGGCCACCGCCGGGCUUCCCCCUGCCCAACUUUGUCAGGCCGCCCAUGGUGCCACCGCGGGGCAUGCCGCCCAGAAUGCCACCACCUGGGCCACCACCCGGCAGGCCCCGCGCCCCACCUCCAGGCCCACCACCGGGCGUUCCUCCUCCGUUGUUGCGAGCGGGGCUGCCCCCGCAGCGCCUCCCUCCGCCGCCACCACCGGGCGUGGGCCCUCCGCCGCGGUUGAUGCCGCCCAGGAUGCGCCCCCCAGCCCCGGGGAUGCAACAGCAGCAGGAGAACCCCAACGUCCUCAGUGCUCCUCCCAGCAUCCACAAGCUGCCCAUCAAGCCGGACGACCACCUGGCUGACAAGAAGUCCUCGGCGACCAUUGAGGCCAAACCGCAGAUCCGCAACCUCCAGGCCGACGUGACCCGCUUCAUGCCCACAUCCCUGAGAGUCAAGAGAGACAAAGGAAAGGCCAAGGGACUGAAAACUGGGGCAGGUGCAGACGAGGACAUGAUCAAGUCUGUGCCUGUGCCUAAGGCUCAACCGACAGUUGCCACGGCAACCAAGGAUGACGCUUAUGAUCAAUUCAUGAAAGAGAUGUCUGGGUUGAUGUCUGGACCACAGGGAGAGGAAACAUAACUGUGUCUGUGCCCGUGCCUAAGGCUCAACCGACAGUUGCCACGGCAACCAUUGCCAAGGAUGAUGCUUACGAUCAAUGCUUGAAGGAGAUGUCUGGGUUGAUGUCUGGACCACAGGGAGAGGAGACAUAACAAUGUAUGGGAUUAUAAUUGUAUACCUCCCUAAUGCUUUUUUAUCACAUCGUUUUCCGAUGCUUUCGGAGCAAGUUGACAGCACGUCAGUUAGUAAAUUUUUUGUGUAAGCAGCCAUUUCUUCAAGAAAUAGUGUCAGAUAUACAGUGUAUACUACAGCUAAUGUGGGUCCAAGAAACAACGGCCGUACUGCAUAUGCAUAGCAGACCACAUGGCAGAGUGACCAGUAUGGGUGCUUUCCUAGUGUGCUCAGUGGACUGUGGGCCCUGUGGACUGUUGGCCCCACUGGCUCAAAGUACGACAUUGUCAGUACAUAGGCCUCUUUGGAGAUAAUGCUGGCAUGUGAUUUUCAGACUUGUAUCAAGUCUACACUGUAAAUGGUGUGAACGCUCACCUAGACACUGACCUGUGUCUUACUGUUAUCCCUGUGUACUGAAUUUGCACAAGGCAGCAAAUAUGUCCAGAUUUUACAAUGCAUCUUUGCAUUAAACGGAAAGAAUUCUUGUUUCAAUUUUAGUCUGCGAUGAUAGAUGGUAAAAUCAGGUGUUCGGAUUUUUUCCUUCCAAGAAAGAACAAGACUUCUGUAUCAACAGCUAUUAAGUAAUUCGGGUUACUGUUUUCAAGUGUUAUUUGAAGCUGGGUUAUACAAGAAAUAAGCAUGCUCUAUCUCGGUUGAGUACUGAAGCCUUUGAGGUAUACAACACAAGCUUUACCUGAACAAACUUGAGUCAUGUUUUUGACGGUUUGAAGUUUAUUACAGUUCCAAUAACGUUUUAAUUGAAAAGAUGUCCUCCAUCCAUUUGGGGAUUUCGUUUGGACAUUUAGAAAUAAAAAAUGCAUUUUACAUCAAAAUUUUGAUCUCAACUGAAAACGGCUGAAAGCGCCCUGUUUCUUGAGCGUGCACUCAGUCACUACCAUCUGUUUUCCGCUGAAGUAGAAAAUUGUCGGCCCUGUCGUUCUGGUGAAGGUAAAAUUUCUUUCAAUUUUUACUUUUGUAGGUUUACAAUUUUAACAUCCGUAAACAUAACCCUGCUAUAAAAAAUAAAAUAAUGGUAUUCUGUUGCAUUUUUUUUUUUUUAUUUAGUAGGGUUUUCAGUAAGCUGUGAUGGGCUUCGUUGCAUAUAGAAGGGCCGUCAGUUGAAUACCCUGACGGAGUUAGGGUUGUACAGAACACCUAAAGACAAUCAGAUCAGUCUCCAACUUUGCUGUCGUUUUCAAGAUUGUGAAGAUACACCAGGGGGAGGCACCACUACGAAGUUUUAUAUUUGCAAUGGGAAUUCGGUUGCUUUCAAACACAUCAUGUACAGGGAAUGCUAGGCAUCCAGUAUAUUUUCCACUAUUUUGAUUUACAUUUUGUUGCUUUGUAGCAUUAUACGCAUGGGCAUCUUGUCCCAGUCUUGUAUACAAAGAAUAAAAGUGUUUCAAUUCAGAAAUCUAAA